AAUUUUAAUGUUUGUUAAUUUAACGUGCGGUGGCUGCAUUAUUUCCUUAUUAUUGGUGCACAUGCAAUCUUGUAUUAUCUGUUUUUAUGAACAUAUAUUAAUUUUAAUGUUUGUUAAUUUAGCGUGUUGAAGGUCUCAACGUGUUCAAAACUCUAAGGUGUCAUAACAACCAUGUAUUAUGUUAUGUAUAGAAGUAUAUAAUCUGGUAUAUGGUUGAAGCAAUAUCAGACCUAAUUAUUCACCCAAUCAUGAUGAUAUGGUAGGCUAAUAGCCCAUUUGCCUAAUAUACUUGGCAGGCUCGGAGUUAGUCUAAUCAUCCACCUGUUGACAUCGCUUGAAAUUUUUGAUUGUUCACCAGUUUGCACAGCAUUGGUCGUUUUAAACAUGAUACGAAAUCAUUUGCUGAGUUGAUAUUUAACCUAAAACCUAUACACAUACAUACAUACAUAUAUAUAUAUGCCUGUAUGUAUAUAUUAGCAAUUGUGAUUUAUUUAAACAAGUGCAAAAAAUGAUGAACGCAAUUGGUGGAGCCUCGCAAUUGUGUAACGAAUAAUAGCGACAUUUGACGAAGUUGACGGCGCAACCAUUUAGUGGUUGGAAGGCAUACUUUGCUGUUUCUCCUAAUUAACAAGAUUCCUAUUUGCUUAAUUUCUAGAUAGCGUAAGCAACUUCUCCUAUUCUUACCAUUUUAUCCAAGUGCAAUGUACACCUUCUGCUACUCCACAUGAAUCCGUAUUAGGUAAGUUGAUUGAAUUAAAAUGAAAUAUUUAUGUAGGCAGGUUAAAAAAAUGGCGUUUAAUGGUGAUAGUUUUUGCGUAAACAUAUGGCAAGGACAUUUUUUUUCGGUAACCGAGGAAUUACUUAGCCCAACAUGUCAUUCAGACAGCUGAGUGAGCGUAAACGUGACAGGGCAUAUUGGGUCUUUGAAUUUGAAGUCUAGAAGUAUUGAGAAAAUAUUUAGUUGUCUUGGUAUGUAACGUCUCAUGCUGAUGUGGCGUACCAAGACUAAUGACAUUGUGACAUUUUAUGAGUUGUGAUGCCAAAUCAUGGGUGGUUAGAGGUGGAAAUAUUUAAAUUUAAAAUCAUCGUCAAUCACUCUAAUUUGACAUCAACCUCUUAUAAAAUGUCAUAAUGUUAUUGGUCUUGGUACACCACGUCAACGUAUAAUAUGACUAUCAUACCACUGAAUAUUAUAUUUUCUUGUGAAAGUAUUGGCACCAACUGCAUGGGAAACACAUUAAGAAAAGCUUUCAUCUGCUCUGGCCCGUCAGGAAAUUCUUAGUCAGGAAAAAAUACACAUGGAGCUCGGUGAAUGGCCCUGUGUCUCCAUUGUGUUUAGUUUACUCUAAUUUCGCCCUCUAAACUCUCUAACCACCAUAGCCGAGUCCUUCCUAAAAAAUGCUAAUUAGUUGUCAUCAUUAACAAGUAUAAAUAAGCUCCAAAAAGUAUACUAGAGUCUAGACUCUAGAGGUUGUUGAGAUACAUAUUACAGAAACCCCUAUUUGAGGUAUAUCUGUAGCAGUUCCUACCUGCAAAGAUGGGUGAGGGAUUUAGUCUUCAAAAGAUGAUGAAGGCCACUCCUUCUAAAGCUUUGUUUGUCAAGAUCAACCUGUUCUUCCUUGCUGUCUUUCUUGUCAUCUAUGCCUCUCUUCUUCUCCGGCCAUCGUCUUCAGUCUAUUUUGAAAAUGCAGCAACCAUUGUCAGAUGCUCGUUGCGGGAGUGCAAUCACAAGGUGGAGAAGGGUCUUAAAAUGAAAGCUGUUCUUGAGGAGACUCAAGGGGAACCACCAAUUAGGCCAACGAGAAAUGUGAUCAAGCUAGAGGUGCCAAGCUUUAUGGACAAAAUAGGGAAAAGAAUAAAGAUUGGGAUGGUGAACAUGGAAGAAGAAGAUGUAAGUGAAUGGAGAACACAUGGAGAAGUGAUUCCCAUCAAGUUUGAAUGGGUUUCGGAGUUUUUCGAAUGGAAAGAUCUUUUCCCAGAGUGGAUUGAUGAGGAAGAAGAGGAUGAUGGUUCAACUUGUCCUGAAAUUCCAAUGCCAGACUUCGCAGCCUAUGAAAGCAUGGACAUGAUAGUGGCUAAAUUGCCAUGUAAUUACUCAAAAGAAGGGUGGUCAAGGGAGGUGUUGAGGCUUCAAGUUCAUCUUGUGCUGGCAAACAUGGCAGUGAAGAAAGGGAAGAGGGAUUGGAAUUGGAGGACAAAAGUGGUGAUGCUUAGCAAAUGCAGGCCAAUGUUGGAGCUGUUCCGAUGCGAUGACUUGGUCAGAAGGGAAGGUGACUGGUGGUUCUACCAGCCAGACAUGGCAAGGUUGGAGCAGAAAGUGUCACUGCCGUCUGGUUCUUGCAAGUUGUCUUUGCCUCUUUGGGGACAAGGAAUCGAUGAAGUUUAUGAUCUCUCCAAGAUCAAAACCCCUGCCAAGACACCCAAACGAGAAGCUUAUGUAACAGUAAUCCACUCCUCUGAGGCCUAUGUCUGUGGGGCAAUUACACUGGCUCAGAGCCUCCUCCUAACCGGGACCAAGCGUGACCUUAUCCUCCUCAUGGACAACUCCAUCUCCGAGGAAAAACGCCAGGCCCUGUCCGCAGCAGGGUGGAAGAUCCGAAUUAUUAAGAGGAUCCGAAACCCUAAAGCAGAGAAAUACUCAUACAAUGAGUAUAACUACAGUAAAUUCAGACUGUGGCAGCUCACAGACUAUGACAAGCUCAUCUUCAUAGACUCAGACAUAAUUGUUCUACGAAACCUCGACAUUCUCUUCCAUUUCCCUCAAAUGUCAGCGUCCGGGAACGAUAUUUGGAUCUUCAACUCGGGUGUUAUGGUGAUUGAACCAUCAAAAUGCAUAUUCAAGAUACUGAUGAAUGAAAGGAAACACAUAGUGUCCUACAAUGGUGGUGACCAAGGUUUUCUGAAUGAAGUAUUUGUUUGGUGGCAUAGAUUGCCAAGAAGAAUGAACUUCCUUAAGAAUUUUUGGGCUAAUACAACUGCAGAGGCAAGUGUGAAGAACCAGCUAUUUGGGGCAGACCCACCAAAGCUUUAUGCAAUCCAUUACUUGGGUUGGAAGCCAUGGUUGUGUUACAGAGACUAUGAUUGUAAUUGGGAUGUGAGUGAUCAACAUGUGUAUGCUAGUGAUGUGGCACAUGAGAGGUGGUGGAAGGUUCAUGACUCCAUGGAUGAGAAGCUGCAGAGGUUUUGUGCAUUGACUAAAGAGAGGAAGACUGCAUUGAAUUGGGAGAGAAGGAAGGCUAGAAUUAUGGGGUUCAGCGAUCAGCAUUGGAAGAUCAAUAUUACUGAUCCUAGAAGAAAACACCUAGUCUAGAAUUUGUGAUGGAAUUUUUUUGGUUUUUAUUUUCAUUUUCCUUUUUUUAAAAAUUUCUCUAUAGAAAUGUCCUUUCAUGGAUGUUUGUACUGUAUAAUUUAUGUGUGAAUAGGUAGAAUGCACCAUUAAUUCAGAGAAUUGGGAAUAAAUAAAUAACGUGUAGGAAAUGAAAAUGAGCCUAAGCUUUUGGUU